AUGCCCCAAGACAACGACACAUUCCAGUUGCCAGUACUACCCGACCAACAUGAUCCACCCUUAAAGAUCAGUCGAACAGCCACAGAACAACAGCAGGAUCAGCUCAAUGACGUCGAUCGCGUGAAAAAUCUCCAACAGCAAACCGAUUACGUGCAAGGCGAUCGGUGGUACCUUGUCCCUACCGAUUGGAUCCUUCGGUGGCAAGAGCAGCAUAACGCAACUGACACUACAAACGAGGCACCUUCAUCAUCAUCCUUGGAUACUACGACGACGUUGGAUGGAGUGAUUGAUAUGCGACCUUUGCUUGACAACGAGGGCGAGCUUGUACCGAAUCUUCAAGUAUCAAAAGAUGUAGAGUUGUUGCCUUCUGCAGCAUGGGAGUUAUUAUCAAAAAAGUACACGUUUCAACCAACAGCCAUUACACGAUCAGUGGCAGAGAAUGGUGUGCAGCCACUCCUUUAUCCACAAUAUACCAUCCAUAUUCUUCAGCAUGAGUCGAACAAGCAGCAGCAGCAACCAUCAUCAUCGGCACUUGUCAGCAUCUCGCCCAAUUCCACUUUAGGUGAUCUUUUACGAGCCAUCAAAAACACGACGCAUUUGGAUCAUUUGAGCUUUUCCUUGUGGACGGUGGAUGAGCAAGCAAAGAUGACCGACAAUGAUGAUGAAAAGUCGAUUACUCGGCAAGCGCAAAUUGAUCUCAGCAAACCAAAGCAGACCAUUGCUGAAAUGGAUUCACACAACACACGUGUAUUUGCUAUUCAACUCGAAGAAGCACCCGGUGGUGUGGAAGAAGAAAUGGCAUCGACACCUAAUAACGACGACAAUGUUGAUCAUCAUCAUCCUCCUCCUCAGGUCAAUGAACAGCUUGAUUGGAUUGCAACCGAUAUGGAUAUUUCACAACCAUCAAAAACGGAUCAAAGUACAGAGACCACUGAUGCAAAUGCGACCAAAUCGGAUGACGAGGAAGCGACGUCAUUGUCCAAUUUAUACAAUCUCGAUGACACCAAUGUCACUAAAAAGACCGAGGAUGCCAUGGUUGACGAGGAAGAGGAAGAAAAGCAACCCCAAUAUGAGAAGGGCUAUUGUGGUCUCAGCAACAUGGGCAACACUUGCUAUAUGAAUUCAGCUAUUCAAUGUUUAAGCAAUACCCAAGAGCUGACUCGUUAUUUUCUUGAGGGCCGAUACAAUGGCGAGUUGAACCGUGACAACCCUCUUGGUAUGCAAGGUGAUCUUGCAGAGGCCUAUGGUGCGCUCAUCCGUGAAUUGUGGAGUGGUUAUCACUCACAUUUGACACCACGUAAAUUCAAGUACAUCAUAUCACGUUACAAUUCCACGUUUAUUGGAUUUCGACAACAUGAUUCACAAGAGCUACUUUCAUUUUUACUUGAUGGCUUGCAUGAAGAUCUCAACCGAAUCAAGCAAAAGCCAUACGUGGAGAUGCCCGAUUUUGAUGACAUGCCAGACACUGAUAUCGCUGUGCGUUGCUGGGAUUACCACAAAGCGAGAAACGACUCUGUGAUCGUCGACAUUUUCCAAGGUCAAUUCAAAAGCCGGUUAGAAUGCAAUGAGUGUGGCAAGAUAUCCAUCAUGUUUGAUCCAUUCAUGUAUCUAUCACUUCCCCUCCCUGUAUCAAAGCUGACACACUUGAAGAUCGUUUAUGUGCCGUACGACCCAUCCGAACGACAAAAAAAGAUGACCAUCACGUUUGAGAAUGCUGCCAGCAUUGAGGAUCUGAAAAAGCAGGUUGCCAAGCGAUGCAAUGUGGAUGAUCCAUCAAAACUUUUGGUGGUUGAGAUUUAUGACCAUGGCAUCUUCAAAAUGUUUCCACACUAUGAACCUAUAUCCAACAUUUUACCUCAAGAUUCGAUUUAUGUAUACGAGUUGCCAUGUACGAUGCCUACAUCAACACGACAUUCAGCAUCAUCCUCGAGGAAGAGCAAGCUACGAAAGCUUGAAGGUGGAUCAUCGCCUGUUGAACCAACCGAGUACCAGGACGAGGAUACAUGGGUCGUGUUACCAGUGUAUUGUUCUAUUGCUGCAGAAGGUCGUGAAUACCUUGAACAGUUUGGUGGACCAGUAAUAGUGGCUAUUCCCCCAGAGGAUGUACGUGAUGCGGAUGCAAUCUAUGGCCAUGUCGUGCGUCACAUUGAACGAUUUGCUGCUAUCAAGCUCUUGGAAGAGAUUAAGGAUGAUAAGAUGAUGGAUUUAUCACCUGCAGGUGGUUCAGCUAUGGAUGUGGAUGGUGAGGAAAUGGAACAGCCAAAAAUGAUUCAUACACCUGCAGCGGUGACAGCAGCUGGUGGUCGUCGUAUGGGCCCUAUGAAGAACUUGUUCGCCAUGAAAAUGUUCUCUGAUAUACAAGAUCCUGAAAGUCCUAUUCCAUUGACUGUUGCCACUUCAAUGUCCAGAGAUGCGGUGGAAGAUCUCGAAGAACGAGCAGGCCGUAAAGUUUCCACAACACAACCACAACAACAACCACUAGAAGCUCACUCGAAUGAUGAGGAGAUAGUAUCACAGCAACCCACAGAUGCUGUUGACACUACGAAUGAUCAAGCAAGCAACACCAGCAAUAGCAGUAGCAGCAACAAGAGCAGCCACACCACCACGACCACCAAUUUCGAUCGUCGCAUCAUUCCACAUCAACCACUCAUCAAACAAGGAGAAGCUAUGAUGGCUGUAUGGCAAAGACGUAAAGCCGAGCAAGUAUUCACUACAACAUUUGGUGGUUCUUCACCUCGUAUUAAUACCACUGGAUGGGAUGAUAUGGCUGAAGACAGUGGUGAUGAAGACCAUGAACAUCGUGGAGGAAGAGGAGCAGCAGCUGAACAACAUGACUUGAGCCUUGGAAAGUGUCUACAAGAGUUUAGCAAAGAGGAAGUUCUAGGCGACAAUGACUUGUGGUACUGCCCUCGAUGCAAGAAACAUCAACACGCAAGAAAGAAGAUUGACCUAUGGCAUAUGCCUGAUAUCUUGGUUAUCCACCUCAAGCGAUUCAGCAACACACGAGCAUUGCGUGAUAAAAUUGACGUCAUGGUCGAUUUUCCAGUGGAAGGCCUCGAUUUGACAGACAUGGUUGCUAGCAAAGCUGCUGAUCGUGAACGUCUCAAGAGCAUCAAUAAUACAGACCAUCUAGAAGAAGACUCACGAGUAAUUUACGACUUGUAUGCUGUGGAUAAUCAUUAUGGUGGCAUGGGUGGCGGUCAUUAUACCGCAUUUGCACAAAAUCCAGCAACAAAGGAAUGGCUAAAGUUUAAUGAUUCACAUGUCAGCCCUGUACAUGAUGUAGAAAACGUCAAGACAAACGCUGCUUAUCUUUUAUUCUAUAAGCGUAGAGGAAUAGCUCAACCAGAUGCACAUGUGCAAGUGUCAGAUGUAGCAGAAAAGAAUCAAUAG